AUGUCUGUUGUUGAUAUAGAUAAUGUGGAGCAGUUUCUGGAUUUGGCCAGGACGAAAGCUGGUAAUAAGCUAGUGGUGUUGUUUUUUUACAUGCCUUGGAUGAAGUCAUGUAGAGUCUUGAAGGAAGUGGUGCUGGCGUUGAGCAGAUCAGUAGGUAAGAAACAUUCCACAUUUUUACAGAUUAAUAUAGAAGGUAAUAGAGACAUUGUGUCUCUUCUGGGUAUCACACAGGUUCCAGCUUUCUUCCUGGUGAGAAAAGGUGUUGUGAUAAAAGCACUAAGCGGUGUUGAUCCCAGAGAGUUUUUAGCAGCAUACCAUGAAUGUGUAGAUAAUUCCAACUGCUAUGACCAUGACCUUGACGAAGACUCCCAAGAUAUCAAAUCGGAUGAUACAUUACAGGAGCCCGAAGAUUUCUACUCUGAAGAUACCGAAAGUUUAGAUAAACUGGUAAACGCUGCACCAGUGAUGGUGUUCAUAAAAGGAAGCCCCUCUGAUCCAAAAUGUGGUUUCUCUAGACAAAUGGUAAAUAUACUGAGAUCCCACCAGAUACGGUUUGGUUUUUUUGAUAUACUAAAGGAUAAGAUUACAAGACAACAGCUAAAGGAUUACUCAGACUGGCCCACAUUCCCACAAUUAUAUAUUAAUGGCGAAUUUGAGGGAGGCCUGGAUAUAGUAAAGGAAUCGUUAUUGGAAGACCCCGAUUUCUUUAACAAGAAGUUAUCACUGUAA